UUGAGCUUCCACGGGAAGACACUCAGCAGAGUGCGGCCAUGCUACCGCGUCGACCGUCUCAUUCGCCUCUCUAGAGCUGCGCGCGCAGUUACAAUUAAACACGCCGAUAACAUGUUUACGUUCACACCACUCCUGGGCGCGCAGUCGGCGUCGCCUGCGUCGCAAUCACUGUUGGAGUUCGAUGGCGGCAUCAAGGUGCUCGUGGAUGUGGGCUGGGACGAAAGCUUUGAUGUGGAGAAGCUGAAGGAGAUCGAGAAACACGUCCCGACUCUGUCAUUCAUCCUUCUCACUCAUGCCACCACUGCGCACAUCGGUGCCUUCGUCCAUUGCUGCAAGCACUUCCCUCAGUUCAAGAACAUACCCGUCUACGCAACCACCCCAGUCAUCUCUCUCGGCCGCACUCUCCUACAAGACCUGUACGAAUCGACGCCGCUGGCAUGCUCGACCGUGCCGGCGGAUGCCCUCGCCGAGUCCUCCUACUCUUUGGGCAACACCAACCCCAAUAUCCUCAUGCAAGCACCGACGUCUGAAGAAAUCGCCAAUUACUUCAGCCUCAUCAAUCCACUCAAAUACUCGCAACCAACUCAACCUCAGCAGCUGCCGAACACACCGCCUCUGGGCUCCCUCACAAUCACUGCGUACAGCGCUGGACACACAUUAGGAGGAACCAUAUGGCACAUCCAGCAUGGCAUGGAGUCUAUCGUGUAUGCGGUUGACUGGAAUCAGGCCAGAGAGCGCGCAUUGCCGGGUGCUGCUUGGUUUGGUGAGGUCGGAGGUGAAGUCAUCAAGGAGCUGCGCCGCCCCACGGCUAUGAUUUGCAGCAGCAGAGGAACUGGCCUGAAGAAAGCCGUAGGGCUCAACCAACGAGACGAAGCACUUGUCUCUCUAGUAAGAGAGACUGUCGCCAACGGUGGCUCGGUGCUGAUACCCUCCGAUUCGAGCGCACGAAUUCUGGAAUUAGCGCAUCUCCUCGAAGAGACAUGGAAAGAGACGGGCAGCCAAAUGAACAACGCAAAGGUAUACCUUGCUAGCAGAACCGCUGGAGCUACCAUGCGUUAUGCGCGAAGUAUGCUGGAGUGGAUGGAAAAGGGUAUCGAGAACGACUCAUUCGAUUUCAAGCAUAUCACACUGCUCGAGCGAAAGUCACGUGUCACGAAGAUGCUGGCACAAACAGAACCUCGUGUGAUUCUUGCGAGCGAUGCCUCGCUCGAAUGGGGCUUUUCGAAGGACGCAGUAAGAAGUUUGGCAUCGGACUCUCGCAAUCUAGUCAUUCUGACAGAGCGUAUUGGAGAUUUUGGAAGCUCGAAUAACGCGCUAGGAAGAUAUUUGUGGGAAUUUUGGAACGAGAAAAACCCGGCAGCUGAGGGAGACGCGAUUUCCGUUGCGUCUUUCUCCGGCGAGGGAACGCAAGUUUCAUCAAGGUCGGCCCGAGCUGUGGCGUUGGAUGGCCAGGAGCUCCCACUGUAUCAACAAUAUCUCGCGAGGCAACGCCAACUCCAGACUACCAUGCAAGGCGAUACGGGCGCUGCGCUAGAGACAUCAGGUGCCGUCGGGGACGACUGGUCGGCGUCUACGUCGACGACUUCCGAAGACUCUGAUGAUGAACAUCAGGGAAGGCUGCUGAAUACGGCAACAAUCCUGCGCCAUACACGAAAAAAGUUGGGACUAAGCGAUGAAGAGCUCGGUGUCAAAAUUCUUGUGCAGCGCAAAAAUGUGCACGACUGGGAUGUCCGGGCAAAGAGGGGAGACGAGAAGGUGUUUCCUUUUGUGGCCAAGCAGCGCCGAGCGGAUGAAUUUGGCGAAGUUAUCCGCCCAGAAGAGUUUGCUCGCGCUGAUGAAGAAGAGGCAGCCCCGGAAGCACUACGAGAGGGGGCGAAGAAAGAGAACGAGGUGGGCCAGAAAAGGAAGUGGGAAGACCUGACGAUUCAGACUCGCGACGGAGGGCGCCAGAAGAAAACACGGAAAGCAGACACAGACGACAAAGGUCCGAACGAUGGUGGCGAGGCUUCUGAUGACGAACCUGAUGACGAUCUCGAGCACAUCGAGGGCCCGUCGAAAGUCAUAUUCGAAACAGAAACUCUCCAGUUACACUGCCGCAUCGCCUUCGUCGACUUCUCUGCACUGCAUGAUCUGCGCAUAAUCAACAACCUGCUGCCUCUCAUCCAGCCCAGGAAGCUCAUUUUCGUUGCAGGCGACGAAGCCGAGACCGAGAAGCUAGCUGAGGAAGCCAGGACAGUACUCGCUGCACGCGCCGGCGAAGCCUCGAACGCAGUCGACGUUUUCACACCCGAUCUGGGCGACACGAUAGACGCCAGUGUCGACACGAACGCCUGGUCUGUAAAGUUGAGUCGCAGCAUGGUACGAAAACUGCAAUGGCAGAAGGUUAGAGGCCUUGGUGUCGUUGCAAUCACUGGGCGAUUAGCAGCAGCCUCCCUCGCCUCCUCGGCCGAAGAGGAGGAAGAUACGCCUGCGAAGAAGAAAGCCAGACUUGACGCCGUAUCGUCGACGGCUGAAAACGACAAGAUGGACGCGACGCCCAUCCUCGAUGUCGUACCCGCCAACUUCUCCACUGCCGUCCGCACCGUGGCACAGCCCUUCCACGUGGGCGAUCUCCGCCUGCCGGACCUGCGCAAGUUCCUGCAAGCUGCAGGCAUGACCGCGGAGUUUGGAGGAGGCGGUGUGUUGGUCAUCAACGGGAGCGUGUCCGUGACGAUCAACAAGCUUACGAACAGGGUCGAGGUCGAUGGCGGUGCCUACAACCUAACAGAUCGCAAGAGCGAUGGAGUCACAUUCUACAAGGUGAAGAGGAAGAUCUAUGAGGGAUUAGCAGUUGUCGCGGGUAGCUAGAGCGUUUGGAUUUGGCUUCAGUAUGUAGUAUACCAUUUCAAAGGUUGUACAGGUAUGAUAUCAAUGUACUAUGG